AUGUGCCGCUUCGGCGCCAGCUGCAAGCGCAAGAACCCGGCCCACUUCACCGAGGAAAACCACCCCGACGAUCACCCGUUCUUCGCGGCUAACGCUGUCGGCGGAGGCGACAGCGCCGUCUGCGUCGGCGUCGGGAAGGAGGCGGUCUACGCGCCGGCGCCGGGGAAGCCGAUGUGCCGCUUCGGCGCCAACUGCAAGCGCAAGAACCCGGCCCACUUUGUCUUCUUCUCGCCCGUCGCCGACGACGCGUUUGUCCUCUUCGAGGCGAGAGCCGCGCCAUGCCUGCCGGAGAGACGCGGCCUUGACACAUGGGUGCCUGGGAGAGAUGUGCCUUGCGUUCUGCCUUGCGAUGUGCCUUGCCUGGGGGUCGAGGCGGAGGGGGAGGCCACCAAGGCGGCAAAGGCGCGCAAGCGGGCGGGCUUGUCGGGCGGGCUGCCGGGCCACAAGUGGGUUGAGACCUCGUCCAAGGCGGGCUAA